UGUCAGCGUGUUUCACCUGAACGAACUGGUCCGGCAAGUUAUUUCUGGGCUGGUGUUCACGAAGCCCCACAUAUAUCGAUCCGCCAGCGUACCUGCCGCACGGACACUGCGUCUUUGGAGACAGUCCUGACCUGACUGCACGGCCAUGAGCUCCUUCGCCGCGUUUCUGAUCUUUCUCUACGCUGUCGGAUUUGUUGGAUGUAAACCCUCGUCGCCCUGUCCGAGUGGACAGUUCAUGCUGAACAACCAGUGUGUCCUCUGUCACUCCACCUGCUCCGAGUGCGACGGACAUGAGCUGUUUAAAUGCACUACCUGUGGAGUUGAUGAAGAUGGACAGGAACGUUUCCUUUACCAAGGUCGCUGUCGGACACACUGCCCCCGGGGACUCUAUCCUGACAGGGGUCACUAUUCCUGCCUGCCCUGCAUAGCCAAUUGUGAACUCUGCACAGAUGGCAACAUAUGUGCCAAAUGUCGGGAACACUACAAACUCCAGAAUGGGGUCUGCCAAACGGCGUCCUGUGAAAUAGGGCAGGUGCAGGACCCUGAUACAGGAGAGUGCAUUGACUGUGAGAUGGGUUGCAAAACAUGUUCCACGGAGGACCCUGAAAUCUGCAACAGCUGUGUUGAAGGUUAUUUUCUUUUCAGACACCAGUGUCGCAGGCAUUGCCCCCAGAGCACCUAUGAGGACAGGAGCAGGGGUGUGUGUCUGUUGUGUCCAGCACCAUGCACAGACUGCAGGGGUAACACACGCUGCCUUGCCUGCCAGCCUGGCUACUUCCUCAAUGGAGGUGAGUGUAUUAAACAGUGCCCACAGCAAACCUUCAGUGAAUCCAGUGGGUGGCGCUGCCAGCCUUGCCACAGCUCAUGCCAGACAUGCCACGGACCUCGUUCAACAGACUGUGGCCUGUGUCUUGGUGGGAACCCUCCUCUUCAUGGACAGUGUCCUCUGGUCAACUGUCCAUUGGGACAGUACUAUGAGGGUAAAUACGGGGAAUGUCACGCAUGUGAUGCAUCCUGUAAGACCUGCUUUGGCCCACAAGCACUUGAUUGUUCUUCAUGUUUCAAAGGAUAUUUCCUGGACCAAGACAGUUCUUGUGUAGUGCAGUGUCCAUCCGGCUCCUAUGCAAACUCUGCCACUGAGUUGUGUGAGGACUGCUCGCCAAACUGUGAGGCCUGCGUGGACACCAGUGAUAACUGCAUCAGCUGUUCCAAAAGCAACUAUAAGCUUUUUCUCCACAAGGGACGGUGCUGGUCGAAUUGCCCAGAAGGUUUCUUUGAGACAGCAGAGGGGUCAUGUGAAGCCUGUGAUGGCUCCUGUCUGACAUGUGACGGGAUCAAGUCACAGUGUCUGUCCUGUGCUGAUGGCCACUACUUAGAGAGUGGAAGGUGUAGACUCAACUGUUCACUGCGGACAUACCCUGCAGACGAUGGCACCUGCAGACGCUGCCCCCUCCACUGUGAUGUUUGCUCAGAUGACAGAACCUGUUUCAAAUGCAGUUUCCUCUACCUGAUGCUGAACGGUGUGUGUAAGGCUAGUUGUCCCAUGGGGUAUUAUGAGGACAUGGAGGAGGGCCGCUGUGGUCAGUGCCACCCGACCUGCGGCAGCUGUUCAGGACCCCUGGUGGAUGACUGUGACACCUGCUCAACAUUUAGCCCCAAACUCUAUAAGGGUGCAUGCUCCAAAGACUGCCCCACCAGUACAUACUAUGAAACUGAAGCUAUGGAAUGUCAAGAGUGCCACCAGACUUGUUUGAGCUGCUCCGGCCCAGAUGCAAACCAGUGCACCCAGUGCGAGAAGGGACUUGUGCUGGAUCCAAACACAUUGUUGUGUGGUGUGACGGGUGACACAGACUGCCCACCAAGGACCUACCUACACGAUGACCAGUUCACCUGCAUGGGUUGCCACCAGCACUGUUACUCUUGUGAGGGUCCAGGCAACGAUGCGUGCCAGACCUGUGCCGUCCCCAAAUACCUUCACAACAGCACAUGUGUGAGCGAGUGUCCGGCUGGUACAUACAGCACAAGGCAGGAGGCUGACGGGACACAGCUGGGGUUCUGUUUGCCUUGUGACCACGCCUGCUCCACCUGCACUGGAGCAUCGGCUAGAGAUUGCCUCACUUGUUCUCCAGGAUACCUGCGUCUCCUUCAACUCUGUGUCACACAUUGUCCCACAGGGUAUUACAGGGAGGGCUCCCACUGUGAGAAAUGUGACCAGUCCUGCGAACUGUGUACAGGACCAGGGCCUGAGUCCUGCAGAGCCUGUUCACCUCCUCUUCUGGAGCUACAAGGCACCAAGCUGUGUGUUGAGCGCUGCCCACACCGCUUCUAUAAUCUGAAUGACAUCUGCAAACAGUGCCACACCAGCUGUCAGACCUGCACAGAUGCCUCGCCUCAGGGCUGUGUUACAUGCGACUGGGGCAGCACUCUAAAGGACAAAGUCUGCUAUCCGCGUUGUGAGGAGGGGCGUUACUUUUCAGUAGAGGAAACCUGUGAGCCAUGUGACAGCUCAUGUAGGCAUUGCACCGGCCCCAGGCCCGACCAGUGUCUGACCUGUCACCGGGACUCUGCUCUCCAUGCUGUGGAGAACCGAUGUGCCCGCUGCUGUCAGGCUGGAGGGAAUGAUACUGAUUGCUGUGUUUGUGACAGCCGCUCAGCUCUGUGUGUGGAGGCCCCCCAACCCAAGUCAGGACACAAUCAGGCAACAGACCUGAGUAUGUCAUCUAGAGCUCUGGAGCACACCUCAGCCGCUUUGCCUAUUGCCCUACUGCUAGCACUGGGGUUGGCACUAGCUGUGUUUACGUUGGUCAAGGCCCAUGCCAGGAAGAGGCUUUGCUGGAGCCAGAGCUAUGAGCGACUGAGUGGCAGCGCCAGCAUCAACAUGCCCCACGGUGUUCCCGAGCCGGACAGUGGAGACGAGGUGGAUGUGGUGUACACCAGCAGAGGUGGAUCAGUAUACCGGCGCUACAGUUUUAUCCAUGAGCAGGACACAGAGGCAGACCAUGAUGUGGAUGAGAACACAUGUCUCAAUCAAUCUUAGAUAUGUUCAAGAGCUUAGUGUAACUGAGGAAUGAAUGACAAGUGAAUUCAAAAUAGUUUGAUGUUUAGAAGAUAAUGUAGUGGUAUUUUUGCUUUGGUUAUGUUGCUCUUUGAGUCCAGGUGUUUAUUUUAUUCUACAAAGUGCCUGUAUCUCUAUAAUGCACAAUUCUUAGAUCGGGCAUUUGUGAGUAAACAGUGAAAAAACCCAUAUACAUGUCUGUAUAGGACAUUUUUGUUUUUUUUUACUUGACAUUAAAGGGAUAUUCAU